GACACCGUAAGUUGUUGACGAUCCCUGCGGGCUACAUCACGAUCCUGUCAACAGCUGAAGAAAGAGAAAGAGAGAGGAGGGACAGAGAGCGACAGAGAGGCGGGAGGACGUGGAGGAGAAAACCGUACUAAAAGCAGGGAAAUCAUUGCCUGCGUGACUUUGGCUGCGUUUUUAGACUGAAAGUGAUCAGUGAGCUGAGAAUCGCAGCAGAGGCGGUUCUGAUCACAGCGCUGGAGGAGGUGAAGCGGGCCGGAGGGAUGAGAACAGACCGAACCGCCACACCAACCGACCUGUAAGACUGAAGAUAGAGGACUGCCGAUCAGCUGGCCCUGUUUGGUAGGGUUAGGACUGGUUUAGAUCAGAGGAGAGAGAGAGAGGGAGAGAGAAAACAUAGUUUACAUCGAGAGAGGAGAUCGGGAGCUCGAGAGGAAUCACCUCAAUCCAACAGAAGUAACUGAGGCUCCAGCCGCUCUGCUCCCUGCGCGGGUUAAACAAAGGAAGCGCAUCCCCUCUGGAUCUGAAUAAACGUGUGAUUCUCUCUGUGUCUCUUACAGCCAGCUCCACGGAAACACAGUAGUCAGAGACGCAUCCUUCACUCCUGCCCCCGCUGGUGUCCUGGUGUGUUUGGGCACUGUUCUCUCCACCGUCCCAAUGAAGGAGGCCGACGCGAUAAAGCUCUUCAUUGGGCAGAUCCCACGGAAUCUGGAGGAGAAGGACCUCAAGCCCAUCUUCGAGCAAUUCGGGAAAAUCUAUGAGCUGACAGUGAUCAAGGACAAAUACACUGGCAUGCAUAAAGGAUGUGCCUUUCUGACAUACUGUGCACGGGAAUCAGCCCUCAAAGCCCAGACGGCUCUGCAUGAGCAAAAGACACUGCCAGGGAUGAAUCGGCCCAUUCAGGUGAAGCCUGCAGACAGUGAGGGAAGAGGAGAGGACAGGAAGUUGUUUGUAGGGAUGUUGGGGAAGCAGCAGGAGGAUGAGGAUGUGAGGAAGAUGUUUGAGCCUUUUGGCAGAAUUGAUGAGUGUACAGUACUGAGAGCGCCUGACGGAACUAGCAAAGGUUGUGCAUUUGUGAAGUUCCAAAGCCACGCUGAAGCUCAGGCAGCCAUUAACAGCCUUCAUGGAAGCAGGACGCUACCUGGUGCAUCCUCCAGUUUGGUGGUGAAGUUUGCCGACACAGAGAAGGAGCGAGGGCUGCGCCGCAUGCAGCAAGUAGCCUCACAGCUGGCUGUCUUCAGCCCCAUGACCCUCAACCUGGGGGCAUACAACGCUUAUACACAGGCUCUGGUACAACAGCAGACCCUGGUCGCACAGUCUGCCUACUUGUCACCCAUAGCGACAGUUGCCGCGGUGCAGAUGCAGCAGAUGGCAGCUCUCAAUGGCAAUGGCAUCAUAGCAACGCCCAUCACUCCCAUCACACCAAUCACACCUUCCUCAGGCACAAACACCCCGCCUGCUAUUGCAGCGACGCCUGUGCCUGCCCUGCCUCCACCAGUCGGAGUCAGUGGUUACAGUCCUGUACCUGCGGCAGCCAAUGGCCAGCCAGCAUCUGAGACAAUCUACACCAACGGCAUUCACCCGUAUCAAGCCCAGAGUUCGGCUGGUGUGUUGGAUCCCCUCCAGCAGGCUUAUGCUGGGAUGCAGCACUAUACAGCGGCCUACCCCGCUGCGUAUGGACUGGUCAGCCCGCCGUUUCCACAGCAACCUACACUGGUUCCUCAGCCACAGCAGCAGCAACAGCAGCGAGAAGGUGAUGUCAUUUCCUGUCCUGAGGGCUGUAAUAUCUUCAUUUAUCACUUACCCCAGGAGUUCACAGACUCUGAACUGCUGCAGAUGUUUUUGCCGUUUGGAAACGUCAUCUCCGCUAAAGUGUUUGUGGACAGGGCCACCAAUCAGAGCAAGUGUUUUGGUUUUGUAAGUUUCGACAACCCCACAAGUGCUCAGACUGCCAUCCAGGCCAUGAACGGCUUCCAGAUCGGAAUGAAGCGCCUCAAAGUUCAGCUGAAGAGACCAAAAGAUGCUAACAGGCCGUACUGAGACAGGUGAGAGGAGGAGAGGAGGGAAAGGGCAGAGAGGAGGAGUGUAGAGAGAGGACAGGAGGGCAGAAUAGAAGGCCAGCACAGAGAUGAGAGAAGAAUUGAGGAUUUUUCAGAAGUCAUCGGGGGGCCAGACUGUGCCAGUACUGUCUCUUCCCAACAGCUUUUACCUGGGCAUUGAUGACUUUGAAUGGUGAUGAAAAGCCACUCACAGCACGGCCUGAUUUGGCAAGUUAGCUCAAAUAGUUAGUGGAACACACUGAUUUUACAUUCUUCAGAUUGCCUUACUUUAAUCUGAGGUAAAAUGCAUUGUGUCCUUCAAUGCCCAGGACUUGAGUCCAGGCUUACAUUCUUCACUCACACUUACUGAAUCAUAAGCCUUAGGAUGUAAUCAGCCAGACAAUCAGACUCAGAAUAGUCGAGGCUUUUAAAAUGAUUUAGCUGAACAAAGAAAAGUUCAGUUUAGCCUUUAGUAUUUAUGCAUGAUGUUAUGUGGCCUCCGCUUUGAUAAAUCUGAAGAAAUGUCAACUUUCUUUAUUUUUUCUGUGUUUUUUCCCUGAAAUCUACAAAUCACACCCCAAGGUCCACACAUCACGUCGUUUAUCGCGGGAGGUGCCGUCGCUAUGGCUAUGCCUUCAGUUGCCUAGCAACAGAUUAUGCCCUUCCCUUACGUCUCCCUCUUGUAGUAAGUUUAUUGGCCUGUGUUUGGGUUGCCGUGGCGACUGCCUGUGUUUGGGCUGCCGUGGCGACCAGCCAUGCGCUGGGCUGCAUGCUGUGUUGCCGUGGCUACAAUGGACUGAGUCUAGUGCAUUGUGAUUUUAUUGAUCUCUUGACAAUCUGAUCAGCUGCUGUGCGGCGAGAUUUGAGGACUCGUAUGAUGACCAGUCUCUUAUCCCUUCUCUUUCUCUCUCUCUCUCUCUCUAUCUCAAUCACUCUUUCUCCCACUCUCUCUGUCUCUGUCUCUCUCUCUUUCU